AUGGCACAGGCCGCACAGACCAGUGCAUUAGACCUGAACACCUCCCAGAUCCGGGUAGAGCACGAUAGAAAGCGGAGACAGUUUGUUAUAAGACUGAACGGAUCUCAUGAUCGAGCAGUUCUGCUGUAUGAAUAUGUCGGAAAGAAAACAGUGGAUUUGCAACACACUGAAGUCCCUGAUGCUUAUCGAGGAAGAGGAAUUGCAAAACAUUUAGCCAAGGCAGCUAUGGAUUUUGUGGUGGAAGAGAAUCUAAAGGCUCACUUGACGUGCUGGUACAUUCAGAAACGCUUAGCGGUAUUUCUCUUGAGCCGCAAUCACGGUGGGAUCUCCAACAUGGCGUCGCUGGGAAGGAGGCGCGGUGUCCCAGUGAGCAGGGAGAGAGGAGUGAUGGCGGCCACUGACUGCUACAUUGUCCACGAGAUCUACAAUGGGGAAAACGCACAAGACCAGUUUGAGUACGAGUUAGAACAAGCAUUGGAAGCCCAGUAUAAAUAUAUUGUUAUUGAACCCACUCGCAUUGGAGAUGAAACCGCUCGCUGGAUUGCAGUAGGAAACUGCCUGCACAAAACGGCAGUGUUGUCAGGUGCUGCUUGCCUCUUGACACCUCUUUCACUGCCCAUCGAAUAUUCUCGUUAUGUGGCAUUGCCUGCUGGAGCUCUCAGUGUAGCCUGUUCGGCUCUCUAUGGGAUUUCAUGGCAGUUUGACCCCUGCUGCAAGUACCAGGUAGAAUACGACAGCCAAAAACUUUCCCGGCUGCCCCUGCAUACACUCACUUCCUCCUCACCUGUGGUGUUGGUACGCAGGGAUGACAUCCACAGAAAGAGACUGCAUAAUACGAUAGCGCUGGCUGCCCUGGCAUAUUGUGCCAAGAAGAUCUAUGAACUUUAUGCGCUAUGA